UUUGGGUUGGCUCAGUUGACUGUGGAAUCACCAGAACAAAAAAGAUAUUUAGAGGAAAAAAGGGGUCCUGCAGUGUUCGUCCUUUUGUUCAGUUUUGUUAGGCAAGAAAUCAGGAUAGGCAGACAAGCAUGGAUCUACUGGAUCCACAAUGUGCUGCCACCAGCGUGGGAGUGGCUAAUCCGCUGAUGAUGCAUUUGGUGACCACUCUAUUGACAUCGUAUUGUAAUACAUCAUCCCCGGAUAUGUGGCCCGAGGACUAUGGACCAUUGGCCUUAGAAUACGGACCUGAACAAUAUGACUUCAUAGUAAUUGGGGCUGGAUCAGCGGGAGCUGUUGUUGCGAAUCGCCUUUCCGAAAAUCCUGCUCAGAAAGUUCUAUUGAUUGAAGCUGGCGGCGAUCCUCCUAUUGAGUCUGAGAUUCCAGGCCUCCUUACGAGCCUCCAAGAAACUGAAUUUGAUUGGUCCUACCCGACAAGAUCCAACGGCAACUCGUGCCUUUCAAUGAUCGAGGAGAGUUGCAUAUGGCCACGCGGCAAAUUAUUGGGAGGAUCAAGUUCAAUAAACGGAAUGCUGUACGCUCGAGGAAACUCAUAUGACUAUGAUAAUUGGGAGCGACAAGGGAACCCAGCUUGGGAUUGGCAGACCGUCCUGAAAUAUUUCAAACUUUCCGAAGAUUUUCAAGGACGUGAUCGAUACAAUGCCCAUGGUGUUGGUGGGCCACUGAAUGUAGAACCAUUCCGGUCUCCCAGAAAGGAUCAAAGGAUGAUCCUGAAAGCCUCCGAAGAGUUGAAUUAUCGGCAAGUUGAUGAUUUUGUGGAUGGAAAUGAUAUCGGGUUUGGCUAUCUUUACGGAACUUUAAAAGAUGGAAGAAGGUUUAGUACAGCCAAAGGUUACCUAACAAGGAUUCGAGAUAACCUGCAUGUAAUCAAACACGCAGUCGCUACCAAGAUUAAUUUUGACGCAGAAAAAAAGGCUGAAUCAGUUACAUUUGUCCUGGAUGACAUGCACGAGAUGACAGUAAAUGCAACCAAGGAAAUAAUUGUGUCAGCGGGAGUCAUCGAAUCACCUAAGCUUUUGAUGUUGUCCGGAAUAGGUCCAAGGAAGCACCUGACUAAUUUAGGUAUUCCCCUGGUACAUGGUGCUCCCGUUGGUGAUAACUUGCAAGACCACCCGGCAGUUCCAUUGUUCCUAAGCCUUGAAGAUCAAGGAAAAACAAACGAAUCGACUGUCCUCGAUGGAAUUUAUGACCAAUGGAUUCAUCGUGUAGGACCGAUGGGGAUGGGAGUUCUCAACAUAGGAGCCUUUGUGAACACCAAGAGAAAUGCGAUCAAGUAUCCCGACGUGCAAUACAUCUACUUGCCAGUACCGAACUUUUCGAGGUUCGGGGCUCGUUAUAAGCCAGGUGUUCGUCAAAGUAUCCUUCAUCGACUUAGCCCCAAUGAUCGUCUGAUGGUUGUUUUUGUGGCCGCUCUGAAUCCUAAUUCACGUGGUAGGGUACGCUUAGCUAGCACCAACUAUAAGGACAAACCAUUCAUUUUCCACAAUAUGCUAAGUGAUGAUCAGGACAUCGAAACAUUGAUUCGAGGGAUUAAAAAACAACUGGAGUUCGAGACGACAAGGUCCUUUGAAAGAAGUAACGCCAAAUUCCUGAAGGUUGACUUGCCAGCUUGCAACGAGUUUCCUUAUCAAAGUAAUGAAUAUUGGCGGUGCUAUGUCAGACAUAUGACGACGACCGUUCACCAUCAAGUUGGCACCGUGAAAAUGGGUCCUCCUAUGGAUCCUACUGCAAUUGUCGAUCAUCAGUUGCGGGUACGUGGCGUGAAGGGGUUGAGAGUUAUUGAUGCAAGUAUAAUGCCAACGUUGAUUAGUGCUAAUACCAAUGCGGCAGCGAUUAUGAUUGGUGAAAAGGGCGCGGAUUAUAUUAAGAGUAACUGGAAUAUGAGAAGAUAUGUCAGAGCAGGUUAAUAAAAGCGGAUGUCCUUUAUGAU